AAGUUGCUCAUGUCGGCCACGGAGACGAUUUCACGGAGCGUUGAAUCCACGCCGAGUACCACACCCUCCCCGAACCGUCGAUACCAAAAGUCUUUCAGCUCUGUGUCAACCAACGACGAUCAAUGGGGCAAGCACUUCUGGGUCACCUUGCGCGAUCCUCAGACACAAGCUUCAUUUUAUGCAUGCCCUGCGACGGGCCAGGUUUCGUGGGACGCCCCAGUCAAUCACUUUGUUCUGCCUCCUAGUGCAGAAGGUGAAUGGUGGGAACUCUCAGAUGAAAGUCGAGGUGGCAUGCCCUAUUACUAUCAAACACGCACUGGCCAGACGGUAUGGGAACGACCAGAAGCUGCCUUCGUUAUACCACUGGGAAUAUUACAAAAUACGGCGCUAGGCCGACGCCUCUCACAAACAACGGAGAAUUUCACCUCGGAUCCCAAACAAUCUUAUCGAAGAUCUCGGUCUUACACAGGCCCUUUGAAUACCGCUCAAGGCACAAGGCGUCGGUCGUCGUCAAUAGACAACAGCACUCAUCUCCGUCCACAACCAUUGUCCAAUCUGCCAACAAUUCCUGGGUCUCGCGACGCCACCGACGUUUCUAGAAAAUCUACGAGCUCCUCCCGCAAGAAUAACAACCAAUCGUCAUCUGAAGGCAACCCACGAAUCCGUGCUGUGUCCUCCCCUCAUCGCUCACCACCUCCGCAAAGCUUGAAUGCAGCAGUGGAACUACUCACAUCCUCGCAAUCAGAAAGUAGUCACGAAAGCCCCAAAGUCCACCCCGUGCCGCGACGACCCAUCCCAGCUCCUCCUCCAGUCAGUCCCAAUGCGCGCAAGCCGACGGCAUCCAGGAAAAUGAUCAGUGCUCCAAUACUAAAUCAUGCUGCUACACUGCAAAUGAGCCCAGUAAAGAACCGUGUCGCUGGAAAUCCCAUCCCCGUAGCACCUCGCGUAGCUUCACCGACGCAACCUACGAGGACAAUUGGCACUAGAACGCAUCCAAUCUUACCGCAGGCCCUUGCGUCUGACAUUCAACAAUUCUCUGAAUCUGAAUACGCAAGACGAUAUUUUUCUACUCAUCGCACCGGGUUCAUAUUCCGAAGACGAGUGCCCGUCGCGCAGAUGAUGCAGUGGCAAAAGACGCCACUUAAUACGCCACUCCUCACGCUGAGGCGAUCUCUCCACAGAGAUGCUGUCAAAAUAUUCAAAGUUAUUCAGCACAUAAUGGGAGAUAGGGAUCGUGAUAAGCCAGUCGGCGUCCGUCUAAGCAAUGAGACCCCGGCAGCGCCCAUCAAUGCCUCUUCAACAUCGCUGGUAAUGAACGGAGCCGCCAUAAUCGAGGAGGAACGUUGGUUACUCGGCGAGGGGCUCGCUCACGGCGAACUAAGAGACGAGGUUUUUUGUCAAUUGAUGAAGCAACUGACGGCGAACCCCAGUGCCGAAAGCCUCUUCAAAGGUUGGCAACUGCUCUGCGUUCUCUUGGUCACAUUUCCACCCUCUAAGAACUUUGAGGCGUAUCUACGCCUAUUCAUCCAACAGCAUACAGCAAAAUCCGAAGGUCGUGUUGAUAUCAUGGCCAAGUAUUGUCUUAAAAAAUUGGCCUACAUUGCAAAGAAAGGUCCAAGGGGAAAACCUCCCAUGGCAUCGGAAAUCGAAACAGCGUCUGAUGCUGCAUUCAACCCCUCCACGUUUGGAGAGUCGCUUGACGCCAUAUUCAGACUACAAGAGCGAACUUAUCCUUCGCAAAAGAUACCCAUUAUCCUACCAUUCCUCGCCGACGGCAUUCUAGCUUUGGGUGGUACCAAGUCCGAAGGUAUAUUCCGAGUUCCAGGUGAUAAUGACGCAGUGUCUGAACUCAAACUCCGCAUCGACAAGGGCUACUAUACCUUAGACGGAGUCGAUGAUCCGCACGUCCUUGCGUCACUAAUGAAGCUGUGGCUGCGAGAAUUGUGCGAUCCUCUGGUCCCCGAAGAAAUGUACAAUGAGUGUAUCACGAGUGCCAAGGAUGUCGUCGCCUGCUUAGGCAUCGUCGAGCGACUGCCCACCAUCAACCGCCGGGUGAUUUUAUUCAUGAUCAGCUUCUUGCAACUCUUCCUAGAGGACAAGGUUCAGGUCAUUACCAAAAUGACCCCAGCAAACAUUGCCCUUGUCAUGGCUCCCAACGUCCUUCGCUGCAACUCCGACUCAAUGUCGGUCGUCUUUACCAACGCUCAAUACGAGCAAUUGUUUGUGUAUCAUCUCCUACUUAAUCUCAACUGUGGAGCCACCGACGAAUCUUACAAGCCUGUCCAUGGCCUCACCACUGCCAAGUCUGCACCCCGACGCCCUGGCUAUUAG